AUCACCACAGGUGAAAUCACGCUUUGUAUAUUUGAAGGAUUUAUGUUUGACGGUGAUGGUAGUUCCAACAAUUAUAUGGCAAAAUGGAUGUUUAAGUAAACGAGAAGCCCAUACUCGGAUUACUGAAUUUGGAUUUCCCCAUUCUGCUGCUAUACAGUGAAUGGAUCACAUUCUAGUUGGGGAAGUAGGAGACAUGCAAUGAGACGGGAUUGACUUCCGGACACUUUUCUGUUAUCUUGACACAAUCCACUCUCCCUGAGUUCAACAAGGAUUGAAAUAAAACACGGUAAACUAUGUUUAAUAACCCUCUUCAUUUCAUCGACAGCAAGUUCAAUUAAAUCCAAUUAAAUCCGUGGUAGCUCUGUGAUGCUAGCCCUGAUGCUAUCUGCUGUUAGCUAAUCAGAGGAUUUAAAGUGUACGUUGAACGGGCUGAGCCAUGGCCAGCUUUCAGAUUCGGAAGUAUCGGGACGAGGACUCAGAGGCAGUGAAGGACACCUUCACCCUGGGGAUGAGCGAGCAUGUGCCUUCCUCCUUCAUGCACAUGCUGAAACAGCCACCGACCCAACUGGUACUCAUGUGCCUGUUCUGCGCCCUCAUCACCAGCUCCAAGUCCUUCCUGUUCCCCAUCCUGGCCCUCACUCUGGUCCUGGCUGGGGCCCGACAGUUGGUCGUCUACAUGUUCAAAAGAUACAUCGACACCUCCCUCAGUAAGGACCUCAAAAACAUCAGUGAGACCUACCUGAAGCAGAAGGACUCGUGUUUUUGGGUGGUUGAAGUCGAUGAUGUGGUGGUCGGCACGGUGGCUUGCCUCCCUGCUGUGAAUGCGCCUGCGUGCUUAGAGUUGAAACGCAUGUCUGUACGCCGCAGUCACCGCAGGAUGGGCAUUGCUAAGGCUCUGUGUCGGACAGUCACUGAAUUUACUCGUGAUAGAGGUUUUGCAGCCGUCGUAUUGUACACCUCUGUGGUGCAGACAGACGCCCAGAGGCUAUAUGAGGACAUGGGCUACAAGAAGAUACGAGAGUUUGUUGUUCCUGAGCUUCCUGCCAAAAUUAUGAACUUCACUCUGAUAGAAUACAGACUGGAUUUACAGAGAGAGGGGAGUGAAUGAGUGGUUAUUUGGCUUGGACACAAAGACAAUAACAUCUUAGGGUCAAGAAACCAUCCAUUUAACCAGUUUCUAUACUUUUGUUUUGCCAGCAUGCAUUGUCCCUAAAGGGAUGGUCCUGAUUGUUUGAAGUUGGGGUUAAAGGAGUGCAGUAUAGCCCUUUUGAAUCGGGAACUGAAGACUACUGUAUAUAUUUAAAAAACAGACUAUAUUAAAAAACCAUUAGUUUUAUUGUUAAACUUCAGUUUUUGUCAAUUGAGCCUGGUUGAAAGACUCCAGAUCCCUGCUCCAGUUCUUUGUCCAGUGCAUGAUAAAGCAAUGUAAAUAUUAUAAAUAAAACAAUAAAACUAUUCAAACUUAAUUGCUUGGUAAACAGGCUGGCACUUAUCCAAACUAUCCCCUUUAGGUCGGUAAAUCACAGGUCACAGUAUCCACAUAAGGAACUGUUUACUCUCGUUUUGAUAUCUGCUUAGUCAUGUUUCUCUUGUUAUAACCACAUACACACAUGUUGCUUAAGCUUCUUGAAAGUAAUGGUAUUAUUUAAUGUUGUAAAUGAUUUUCUUUCUACAUGAUACUUAUAGAAUAAACUGAUGGAUAAACAUGUUUCUACAA